AUGACUCAGAAGAACCUCCAGGUACCAGUAAAGAAGAGGAGGGGAUCCUGGGGAGGAGAUUUACAUAGGGAGAGGCUAGGGAGGGGAGGAAAGCAGACCUAUGAGAGGAGUGACAGCAACACGUAGAGAAAAAAAAAACACUCAGCUUCAUACUAGUUCUUUGACGUAACUUAGGAUGGAGCUACGGGGCAAGAAAAGUGAACUUUGUAAAUGAAGUUUAUGGAUCUAGCCUUCAGCAGUAAGGAUGAAGUCAAACAUUUUCGCAAAGCAGUUGGAUUAUUAGAUAUGACUGCAUACACAUGACCACGUUGCCAUGGAUUUCCAAAGUUUGAACUCUUCGAUCAGUACAAUUACACCAGACAUCCAGGAACCUGCAACUUCCAUUAUGGAACAUAUAAAUGCUUUCUUCCAGAGCAUCUAUAAAGAGAUACAAACUAAACAUGAACAUGGAAUCUACAACAGCAUCUGCCUGGGAGUGCUGCUUGCCUUGCCAUUGCUUGUUCUGUUCAUUUCUAGUAUUAUCUGCUGUCACUAUUGCUGUUGUCGGACCAGAAAAAGUAACACACUCAAACCUUCGCCAGUCAAGAAGAAAAGGAAGAAGAAUGAAGAGGAGGACUUAUGGAUCACCAGCCCUCAGUCCAAGUCCAUCCUGCUGGAGAAGGUUCCUUCUUUUAAUGUAUAGCUCUGGGACUAUAGACAUUAAACAUAUGGACAAAUUCUUCUUGAUAAGCUCAGGAUGACUGUUACAGCUUAGCAAUACAAUAUAAAUAAGUGUUAUGGCUUAUGAUGCAGCAACAAAUAGCUCUACUGUUCAUCCUUAGGUCAAUUCUGUGGCUACUGCUACUUAUAGCAUUCCACACAUAUCAAUGUGAACUGUGUCCGAAUCUUUCUCAAUUAAAUAAAGAGUAGACAUGCCAUUUUAUGAGCAUGAAGAAGCGGGUGUGCCUCAUAGA